CAAAUGAAAUAAAUUGCUGAAAUAUAUUUUCCUGCUUUUUGAGAUUUCAUGAUUCAUUGAAUUUCGGUGGAAAAGAGCAAAUUUUUAAAAAUGUAUACAGACAAAAAAUCUACUGACCAAGAAGAUACAUCAUUAGAAAAUACAAAUCCAACUCCGUCCGAAUGUAAAAUAUUUACAGAUGAACUCACCAAAGAAGAACUUCUUUCGAUUGUGAUAAAAUGUACAAAUUUUGCAGCUUUAAAGCACAGCAAACAAAGGAGGAAAAAUCAAGAGCAAACUCCGUAUAUAAACCAUCCUAUAGGUGUGGCAAAUAUUCUAAUUAAAGAAGGGAAAGUGUACGAUACCACAGUGAUUUUAGCAGCUUUGCUACACGAUACAGUCGAAGAUACAGACACAACUUUCGAUGAGAUAGAACAAGAAUUUGGAAAAGAUGUGCGCAAAGUUGUGGAGGAAGUCACAGAUGAUAAGAAUUUGGCAAGAGAAGAGAGAAAAUUUUUGCAGAUAAAACAUGCGCCUGGUAGUAGUCGUCGAGCGAAAUUGGUUAAAUUAGCAGACAAGCUUUAUAAUUUGAGAGAUCUUAGGAAAGAAACUCCUGUUGGAUGGACAGCUCAAAGAGUCAGAGAAUAUUUCAAGUGGGCAAAAGCCGUAAUAGAUGGAUGUCGAGGUACUAAUGAAAAUUUGGAGAGAUUACUAGAUAUCACUUUUGCCGAGCAAUCACAAGAAAAAUAGCUGAUUCUUGCACCAAAGGAAGAUUUUAAUUUUAUUAAAGAUCUAUCGUUAAAAGGCUCGAAGAAAAAAAACUGAAAAGUUGUGAAAUUCUAACUUUGAAUUCGUUGAGGGUUGAUGUUAAAUAUUUUUUAUCAUAUGUUUUUCUGCAGCUGUUAGAUAUUUAUAAAUUGGAAGAUCU